AUGGAAUCAGUUUCCGGCGCUGCAAGGCGGCCUUGUUUCAUCGACGAGGACGAUGGGUUGGCCUCGCUGGCUGAUAUGGAAGCCGGGUUUUCCGGGUCCAACCACCCGUUUUAUUCAAGGCCGAUGUGUUUCGCGAGGCGGAGUGGCAGCUUCAGAAACGUUUCUCCCGCCAUGGCUUCGUUUUCUUCGUCGUCUUCUUUUUCGCCGAGAUCUGGGAGGUUCUGUGACGCCAGGUUUGAGGAGCACCACCAACCCCAUUUCUUGGAUGCUUGUUUCCUCUGCAAGAAACCACUCGGUGAUAACAGAGACAUCUUCAUGUACAGAGGUGACACUCCGUUCUGCAGUGAGGAGUGCAGAGAUGAGCAGAUAGAAAUAGACGAGGCGAAGGAGAAGAACUGGAACCGCUCUUCCUCCAUGAAAGCGCUGAGAAAAAGAGAGCAACGGAAAUCAAACAACUCAGCCAACACCGCCACGGCACAGGAUUAUCCUGUCCAUACAGGCACAGUGGCGGCCGCUUAGAAAUCAAAUGAGAUUAUACUUAUAUAUAUAUAAAAAAAAAAAAAAAAAGACAAGUUAGAAGAAGAAGAGAGAUUGAAAUAUAAGUCCAAGGAAGUUAAAGCCAAGGAGAGAAGAAGUAGUGCAAGUGCAAGACCACCUUUUUUCUGAGGGAUUGUGAAUGUGAUGACUUUGAGUUUGAAUGUUUUAUACAUAAGAUCAAAAGUGUGUGUGAUCUUGGCUCUAUGAGAUGGCUGUUUUUUGGGUUUUUUCCCCUCUUUAAUCUAUAAAUUUUUGGUUAUGUAUAAUAUUUUAUAUAAUAUGUAAUAUAUAUUUUUCAUUCCCCUAAA